CCUACAGUGAUUAAAUAGUCUCUAGUUGGAUCAAUUUUCUCGAUUACGAUUUAUUUUAAAUAUUGCGAGAAAUAUGGAAGAAAUAAUAAAUAACGGUAAAGUACACGACGAAUCGGACGGCGAAAAAAUUAUGAACAAUCUAUCACCCGAUAAACAUGUAACAGAAGAAGAAUUUGAAAACUUUAUGCAACGCGUUAACGAAGUUGACAAAAUCGUGAAGAAAUUAGCGUCGUCCGAUCUCGAAGAACAAAAACACGGACAAAUAUUGGCGGAUAAAAUGUUAGAGGAGAAACCGACGGAUAACUUAAACGAAGAUGAAUUAAAAGUAAAGGUUGAUCGUACAGUAAUUAACAAAUGCUUAAAAGAUGAUAAUACUACCAAUGACCAAAUGUCACAAGAAGCGUUUAUGAAAAGUGUAGAAAAGGAUGCAAAAAAAAGAGCAGAAAGUCGAAAAAUUAGAAAUGAGCGAGCGGAAACGUUGAAAAGAAUUGGUAAUGGAGCAUUUAAGGAAGGAAAUUAUGAAAAGGCUGUAACCUAUUACAGCAAAGCACUGGAACAAAGAAAAGAUUCAUCCGUGUUAUGGAAUAACAGAGCUUUAUCGUAUAUUCGCCUUGGAUUGUUCGAGAAAGCUUUAGCUGACUGUGAAUGGGCGUUAAAAGUAAACGACGCGAAUUUAAAAGCUCUUCUAAACAGCGCUAAAUGUUAUAAGAAGCUCGGAAACAAUAUCAAGUAUAAAGAAUAUAUUCGAUUAGCAAGAGAAAGAAAUCCACACUUCAACAAAUUUAUUAAUGGUAUACUUGUAGUUUUCACAUUUGAAACAUUUCUAUUAUAAUUUUAUUUGAUCCUUCUU